AUGUCUGCUUUGAAUGGUGAUUUGAAUACUUCAUCACUCUUCUUUGAUUUCUCGCGAGGCAAAACGAUUCAUCCAGCACUCAGCGAGCCCACACAGUUUGUCGACUGGGAAUUCAAGGCCGAGGAACGUCUCGCGCUCGAGGAUUUAGAAAAGCUUCUCAACGCUCAUGAUGAGGCGUCCACGGGGCCAAAGUAUCGCGAGUGCAAGUGGGCGACUGUGUUUGACGCCAUGUUCCAGGCGCGGACCAAGUAUGAAGGCGAUGGACAUGCAGCCAGACGAGAUGCGGCUCUAUUUGGUCUUAACCUGGCGUCAGAGGUUGUGGAAGCGAUUCCUGAAGAUUGGGGACUGGGGGUUUUAAGAGGCGGAAUGGCCUUGCUGCUCAAGGUAGCCAAGUGUAACUUGGAGAUCAAAACAAAAAUCCUCAAGCUUUUCCAGGAUAUAUCGUGGAAAAUGACAACGAUCAGUAUGGCCUUUGACAAACUUGGGGCUGAACAAGAGCAGCUCCAGCGACAGCGGGAGUUUUUCUGCACCGUCGUGCGGGAUAUGCCUGUUUUGAUAAGGAGGCUCUUGGGCAAGGAAAAGUAUACCGCGGACAUAAUCCUCGAGCGCUGGAAAGCCAACAUAACUGAGCUCAACGAACACAUGGAGAGGUCAAAAAUUGCAUCAAUGGGCGACAUCAAGUCCAACGCGAAUCUCCUUCCCGACAUGCAAUCCAGCAUAGAAGCUUCGAAACAGUCGGUUGGCAAGCUAACCGACCAGAUGACCGAGCUGCCUCAAGUCAUGCAGCGAGCCUUGCAAGGGUUCUAUGACAGGUUUGCCGAGACUCUGAGAUCCAAGGAUAAACUAGAAAGGGGUGGGUGUCUUGUCGAUAUCUCGCAAGAAAACCGGCAUCUCCGCGAGUUGUCAAGAAGUCCCCGACCAGGAUGGCACUACGCAGCAAACACAAACACCAACACACGCAACACCACACCCGCAAUCACGCACAUGGAGCUCAUCGGAGCCCUUGGCAUACACGUAUACGCACACAUGAAAGUCUUGGAAGACGUGCUCCAUCAAUCAUCCAACUUUGACGUGCCAUCCCUCAGACAAGUGAGAGGCUUGAUUCGGCACAGCGAGUUUGACCACUGGCUCAAGACGGAGUCGUCCUCGCUGCUUUUUGUCGAGUGUUUUCUGCAAGACUGCAGCCCGACUGUGACUGCGGCUUCAGUCUUCAGUUCCUCAUUGAUAUGCACGCUCUCGACCCAAAGCGACGUAAUCCCCCUUUUCUUCUUUGCUCGAGUCGAUGGCAGCAGUCGACACCAUGGCCCUACUUAUAUGAUGAGGAGUCUCCUCUUUCAGCUGCUAAUGAGCACAGCUCUACCGCACCUCGAUCUGGGCUUCAUCUCCAUGGACCUGUUCGAGGCCUGCGCGCAGCAGAACCUAUCUGCCCUGUGCGAGCUGUUUGUCGAGCUCGUGUGCCAAGUUCCUCCAAGCACAAAGGUGUGCUGCAUCCUCGAAGGUCUCGAGUUGUACGAGACGCGGGAGUUUCUGUGGGACAUACAGGUCGACUAUAUUGCCGACAUGUUUGGGGCCUUGGCGUCCAGAUUGGAAGAGGGAGAAGAGGGGGACGGGGCGGUGUUGAAUGUUUUGAUCAUGAUCCCGGAUCGGAGUCGGAGGUUGUGUAAGAGGGUGUGGAGGAGAGAGAGCCCGUGGAGCUGCAUUGAGCUGAUGCGGGAGAUGGAAUUCGCCGACGGGUUUUGA